GAUUUCUGCGCAUGUGCAUUACCUAAAGAACUCCACGUGGCCUUUCUCUUUUUGCUUUGACCCAUGUGAAGGGUUUGUGUAUCUUUUUCAAUCGGAUAAAUCAUCGAGGAAGCCGGAGUCACAAUGGCUGACACGGAUGGAGGUGAUGUUCCCCAAGCAGCAGCAGCAGUCCCAGCCGAAGCUGGCCAAGGAAUGACCAUCAAUGAUGCCUUGAAAGAUGUUCUCAGGAGCUCGAGAGUUUUGGAUGGUCUUGCACGUGGACUACAUGAGGCUGUGAAGACAUUGGACAAACGUCAAGCCAUUCUAUGUGUAUUGGCCAAGAACUGCUCUGAAGCAACCUAUGUGCGACUGGUUGAGGCUCUGUGCAACGAGCAUCAUAUUGCACUCUUGAGGGUUGAAGACAGAGAAGAGCUUGGUGAGUGGGUGGGUUUGUGCAAAAUUGACAAGGAUGGAAAACCAAGGAAGAUUGUCAAGUGCAGCUGCGCUGUAAUCAAGGAUCUCCCUGACACGCAGUCCUGGGAAGUGGUGCAGGAGUACAUCAAGACCAAGGCAGCCACUGCUUAGUGCCUGGAAUGAAACUGUGUCGUAUAACAAUUGUUGUGUUUUGAAACAGAAUGACCAUGUAUAUUUUCAUCGGUUCAUUUAUGUAAUAUUAUUAUGCAUAUGGAUUACAUGAAUUUACAUUA